AUGGAAUUUUCAGAAAAUUUGGAUCAGUUUUUUGAAACUCAUGAUGAACCUACUUCAGAAUCGGACCAUGAUGAAAUAGAGGAGGAUUCGUGCUCUAAUGAAGAAUUAGAAAAUACAAGUAAUGAUGACACCACAUCUACAGAUCCUAAUAAAACUCUUUCAAUAAUCUUAAAAGAUCUUGUUAAGAAACUCCAACAGUGUUGUAAAUGCAAAAAAAAAUGUGAUGAAAAGGUUUUAUUAACAUUAUUAGAAUCUUUGGCAUUAAAAAGUAUUACUAUGAACAAAAAAAAACAUUACCAUUCAAUGUCAAUACUUCUUGCUGCUUCUAAUUUUGAUUUAUAUAUAAAAGAAGAUAAAAUUAGGAGUUAUCAGCUUCCUUAUUUUGGUAAUGUUUGUUCUCAUUUUUUUCGAACAUUUUGGAUGUGUGGCCCAAAGGUUACUCAAUGUAUCUUUGAUUGGAUUCGAGAACGUAAAUCAAUGUUGACCAAACCUUAUGGUAAUACUGGUCGUCAGCCUAAAAAUAUCUUACCUAUUGAAACAGCUAAUAAAGCUAAAUUUUUUAUUAAAUCAUUUGGCGACCAACAUGGUAAAAAACAAGCUGUUCAAAAAUAUAUAUGUAAAAAAAAAGAUGGGCAAAUAACUGUAAAUUAUAAAAAAGAUGAUGUUAUUCUUUUAUCAUCUCAUUAUUCUUAUAGUCAUCUUCUUGAUCUUUACAAUUUAAUGAACCUGAAAAACCUUAUUAAUAGCCACGUAUGUGAUGAAUGCACUUUAUACAAAUGUAUAUUAAAAGAAAAUAGCAAAUAUGUAAAUAAAGAUCUUGAUGAGCAAUUAAUAACUCAUGUAUCAGAUUAUCGGGAAUUAAGAGAGAAUAUAGAAUUAUCUUAUAAUCCUCAACAGCCUGGCUCAUGGUAUUAUCUAUCAUUGCUAAAAAUACAUCAAUUUGGCUUAAUUAAGGGUCAUACAAGAAACUCUGUUGAUCGUAGAUUUGGUCAUACUAAGCUAGAGUAUGCAAAGUCAGAAGCUUGGUGUAUUGAUCAUCUAGUUGAUAUAAUAAACCGAAGCGCAAGUAAUAAUAUUUCUUUCACUUAUGAAAAGCCUGGUUUAAUGAGAGCUAAAAUAAGAGUAAAAGAUUCUUGGGAUGAGUUUCAGUUGUUAAAAAAAGAUGCCAAUCCAGUAAAUCUAAGUCCUCAAAAACUUCUAUCAAAAGAUAAACUUUGUCCAAGACCUACAGAUGAUGCAGUAAAGAGGAUUGGAAAAUUAAAAGGAGAUCGUGCAAAAGAAGCACAGA